CAUUCGCCAACUUUUUAUUUUCAAGUGAAUUUUUUGCCAUUGAAAUAUUACCUAUCGAGUAAAAUGUGUCGAGUUUUAUGCGGCAAACGCGAAAUAAAUUAAGAUAAAUUGCAUUAGCAAAUGUUGAUACGCAUGGCUGCUUUUCAGUGUAGAUGAGUAUGUGACUGUGCGUGGGCCGUUUUAAAUAGUUAAUUUGCAAGAGAAAAGGGAAAAUAGACUGCAAAUAAAAAAUAUCAUCUCUUGCAGGCAGUAAAAAUGUCCAUGUGACAACGGAAAGCUGAAAAUAAAAUAACUACACAAGACAUGCGUAGCUUCUAAAAACAUACAUGUUUAAUAUGCGUCAAUGAAAACAAAUUUUUGGCAUCAGUGUGCCGAUUCCUGUUAUAAAAAACCAGUUAGUGCUUAAGCCUCGCCUCUAACUGGACUUUCCAGUGCUGCAUCCGUUUUUGGCGAAAGUUUUUACGGGUGUCCCAGCCAACUGUAGAUCAAAAUAUAAAUAAACCAAAAACGCAUCAAAUUCUUGUGUGAAACGUGAAAGUGUGUGCGUGAUACAGACAACGAUAAAAAUAGUUUUGUUUUUGUUUUUUUGCUAUUGCAAAACAGCUUAAAAACUGUGCUCUAAAACCAGCGAGGCCCAUUUUUAAUAAAUAACUGAGUUUGCUCAGGCCGCCGAAAGGUAUUAAAAUCAACACAUCGAGGAAGAGGUAAAAUAAACGACCACGACGACUUCGAGCGAUGACAGCGCUGCUGCCAUGAGAGUUGCAGCGCAGCUCGGGCGUAGAGCAGCGCAGUACGGGCAGUAAAAGUAACGAAAACACAAUCAGCAGUUGCACAGCAAUUUAAAAAAAUCACAAGUUGGUACAUGACUGACAGCAAUCAAAAUUCAAAGAUGCAAAUUACAAUUUACAUGCAAGCGACAAGGACGACGAGCAACAACAGAAGUAGCAGCAACCGCACAAAGCAACCAACUGCUGAACAAACCUAAGCGAAAAGUGCUCACUUAAACACACAACCCCCUUACAAUAUUAUACAUAUUCAUUUAGAUAUCUUUAACAUAUCAGUUGGUGAGCAUAGACGGCGUCGACAAAAUGAUCAAAGGCAUUUUAAUCCAACGCAAAAACCAGGAAGAUGCCAACUACACCAAACAGCUCAAAAUGGAGCACGCCGACCUCGUGGCCGAGAUGCAAACCGUCGAGAGUCUUCCCACCCAUGAAAGACUCCAGCUGGCCAGACUUCGACGAACUCAGCAGCUGAAACUGGCGCGCCAAAAGGAAAAGGAGUGGAUCAAGUUAGUACGCGCCAAGGUGCAAACUGGCAGUGGUGCUAGCACUGGAGCGGGUGCCGGUGGUUCUUUAUUAAAUGGCGGCGGCGAUACCACUCAUCACUUUCGACACGCCAAUGGCUCCGGUACUGUGAGUGGGCGGCGGCACAUUUCGUUUGAGAACAGUGUAGUGCUGCUGGAGGCAGCUUCCCGGAACGACAUGCCAGAGGUGGCGGCACUGCUCCAGCACGGCAUCACACCCAAUGCGGCCAACGAGGAUGGGCUGACGGCGUUGCACCAAUGCUGCAUCGACAACAAUGUGGAAAUGCUGCGUUUGCUGCUCGAUUACGGGGCCAACGUAGAUGCGCAGGACAGUGACAAGUGGACGCCGCUACAUGCGGCGGCAACUUGCGGUCACCUCGAGCUGGUGCGUAUACUUAUACGCCACAAUGCCAACCUGUUGGCCGUCAAUACGGACGGCAACAUGCCGUACGAUCUGUGUGACGACGAAAAUACGCUCGACUUCAUCGAGGGCGAAAUGGCCCAACGUGGCGUCACGCAGGAGCUUAUCGACGAGACGCGCUCCUCCACAGAGCGUGCCAUGCUCAGAGAACUGACCGAAGUAGCUCGCAUCGGCGGCGACCUCGAGGAGCCAGACUACCAAGGGGCAACGCCGCUGCAUAUAGCAUCGGCUAAUGGAUAUGUGCGUGUAGUGGAGUUUCUACUGGAGCAGCAUGUGAAUGUGGAUGCAAUGGACAAAGAUCUUUGGACACCAGUGCACGCAGCUGCAUGUUGGGGCCAUCUCGAGGUGCUGGAGAUGCUGGCUCAAUGUGGUGCCGAUUUGAAUGUUCGAAAUAAAGAUGAUGAAACGCCCUCAGAUAUCUGUGAGGAUCCGGAGAUACGUGAACGCAUAGAGCAGCUGAAAACAGAGCAGGAGAGCAAACGACUAGCGGAGGCGCAACGACGGCGCGUUCGACGCUCGCAGAGCAACAACACCAGAGCCCAAUCGGUGCGACGCACUAGUCUGCGCGACAAAACGCUUACAACCAAAAAGGAUGCUGUGGAAGAGGCUCGUCUUCGUCUGCAGGCGCAGGAGGCUACGGACUCCAACGCCUCCUCAACGACCAUGCCAACAGCUGCCACUGAGCUGAGCAAUGGGUAUGGCUACCACACAGCUACCACUAGUAGCAGCAGCAGCAGUAACAAUAAUAACAACAACAACAAUAGCGCUGAGAAGCGACCCCCCAAGGCCACCUUAAGCGGACAGCUGCUAACUCACUCCAAGUCCGCCGACGCUGUGGACAAUACAACGACACAUUCCUAUCUGUCGCGUCGUCCGCCUGACGGUCGGGAAAAUGACGAGCAGCUUCUACUCAAGGCUGGGGAGCACUUUGGUGGCGCAAGCAGUGCAACAUCCGCCUCUUCUGUCAUCCUGACGGAGAAGGGAACCGCCGCUAACGCCGAGGCAGUUCAGAUUCAAUCCUCCAAAGACGCCAACAAUGGCAAGAUUAACGUGCAAGUUACCGUCCUAGUAGACACAAACAGCACUCAUCAUCAACAACAGCUUCAGCAGCAACAUCCAAUGCUAGUGCAACAUCAGCAGCAUCAGCAAUAUGUUGCCAUGGAUCCGGCAGCCGUUACUUUAUCUAAUCUGAAAAAGCAACGCUCGCUUUCUCGCACCGCCAACGUGCUUAAUAAUUUUGAACUCCCAUCUGUCACAAGUUCAUCGACAACAGCAGCAACAACAACUAAUGGUUCUGUUUUAGGAGCCGCUACUACAGUUAAUCACAACAACAACAACAACAACAAUAAUUGCAAUGCCAACAACAACAACAAUGGAUCUGGACCAAUUGCAACACAGCCAACUGGCCUGGGCGUCAUGAGCCCCAACAUGCUGGACUUCGAGGCCGGACCGCAUGCAGCAGCAACUGCAACGAAUGCAAGCUCUGUUAAUAAAUUCAGUGGCAUAACUGGCGAUGUCGUCAGCGAUAGCACGAGCUCCAGUCGCAAGUGCUGCGUGCUUAUGUAAGCCGGGAAUGUUGCGACACUAGGGUUAAGCGAAGGCAGCAAACAAACAGGGUAUUAAAAAGGAUUGCCAGCGAGAUUGACAGCCUAGAAGCCUACCAAAAUUUGGGAUCGUGAUGGGAAGGGUGGGGGCCACUAUAGUAAGUAAAUCUAUUUAUGUAUAUAUGUACAUACAUUUAUGCAUGUAUGAAUGUAUAUAUUGUAUGUAUGUAUGUCACACAAAAAGCAAUGUCGGAAAGCCUGGAAGACGAAUGCAAAUUUGCUGGCAAACUAAGUGUCUUUAAUUAGAAUUUUUGUAGAUGAAAUUCAUAACCAUUGUAUCACAGUUUAUAUGUAAGUGUCUGAGCUCAAUUUUAUGAGCUUCAUAUAUGUGAAUGUAUUAAGUAAUAAUAAUUCUAAGCUGCGACUUAAAGGUCAUGGAAUUUUCCUAAGCCACAAUGAUACUAUACAAUGAUUCAAAUUUAUAUAUGCUUACAUACAGAAAUGUUUUAUUUAUCGUUAUGAGAAUUCAUUCGUAUGCACUAGUUUAUAGAUGUUGUGGCAAGAAGAAAAGGCAAAAGUUAUUACUGUACAUUGUUAAGAUCAGUUUUUAUAAUUAGUUCUUAAUGAUUUGCAGAGAUGUAAAAUAUAUGGCAAAGCAAAGUAUUAUGCAAGAGUAUAUAUAACUUGAAUGCUAAUAGUUAUACACAUAUAAAAAUAUUAUUAUAUUUACUGUAUUUAUAGAAUAAAUGGUACUGUAUUAGCAAAAUUUUAGCUAAGCAAGAAAGCAUAAUGAAUGCAGCAAAGCAAUAGAAUAGUUGCAAGCACUCAAGCAAUUAAAAUGUGAACGAAGGAUUUAAUGUAUACACACAUCUAAAUGUCAAAUUGUUUCAAAUGCAUAUUUUGCAGCUUUCCAUUACAAAUAAAAAAACUUAA